GCACACCGCUGCAAACAAGACAAACUCGGUUCCCAUGCGCGCAACCUUCGAUCUCGAUCCUCUUUGAUACAACUUUCUGCAGCAUUUACCCGUCGAAUUGAAAUUCAGAAAUCAUGGACGAAGAAGAAGACGACUUCUAUGAUCCCGUCGACGCGGUGCCGACAACACAAUCGCAGAACCACACCCAAAAUGCAGCUCCAGGCCAACCGCAGGACAGCAAUUACAUGGAAGACGACGAUGAGGUAGAAGAGGAAGAAGAAGAUGAUGAUGACUUCAAUAUUAUCACAGAAGCACCGGAAGGCGCACCAGCUCCCGAAGCCUCUCACCCGCGCCAUGCAAGCUUACGACAAGAACCACAACGGCCGUCCUCUGCAGAUUCGUCCGGGCUAGCAAGGUCUGCGACACCAUCCGCGACCCCUCGAUAUGAAACCGCGACUCCAAUUCCUGGACAUCCAGCCGCAGCCGCAAGACCCUCCUCAGAAAAGCCAGGCUCCGCCUACCCAGCCAUUCACAGCUCCACCAUCGAUGUCAAUGCAAACCCCGUCCACCCUAUGACAGGGAAGCCGAUCAUGUCCACCGACAUGGAUGCCGACUUCCCAUCCGACGACAAGCCCUGGCGCCGACCCGGGUCAGAUCUCUCUGACUACUUCAACUAUGGAUUCGAUGAGUUCACAUGGGCAGGAUACUGUCUCAAGCAACAAGGCUUGAGACAGGAAGUUGGUAGCCAGAAGAGACAGAUGGACGAUAUGCAGGCCUUCAUGGGGAUGGGAAUGCCCCCGAUGCCUGGUGCACCGGGCCCCGCUGCUCCAGCUAGUGCUGCGCCGCCCAUGGCCGGCAUGCCCGGCAUGCCGGAUAUGAACCCCGAUAUGAUGCAGGGCAUGCUGGCCAGCAUGAUGUCCCAGGGGUUGGACCCGUCUAAUAUGGAUCCUAUGGCUUUCAUGCAACACGCUCAGGGGAUGAUGCCCCCUGGCGGUCAGCAGAAUCAACCUGGCUUUGGGGGCCAGCCCCAGGGUCAAGGAUUUAACCAAGGUGGUCAGGGUCAAAUGGGCUACGGUGGAUACGAUCAACGUGGAGGGGGUUACGGGGGUCGAGGCCGGGGCCGAAGAUGGUAA